GCAUUUCCCACAAUAUCCGGUAAAGACGAUGGCGGCUGUCAAGCACGUUUUCAGUUGAUUUGCAUUUAUAACAGCAAUAGUUAUGGAUUUUCCGUCGAAUGAGAUAACAUUUGGAGACUUUAGUAAUCUGAAACAGGAAGAUGAAGUCUACAAAAUAUUAUUUGGUCCUCGACAGACAGAAGGUGGCAGAGUAGAGUUUCCAUGGGAUUCCAAAGAGAAUUACAGCUAUGUUGCUUCUGAAGUUACAGAUGAAGACAAAUUGAAUCAGCAACAAGAUAUGCAAGAAGGAAUAAAUUUUUCUCAUGAAACACACUUUAACCUGCCGGAUGCCAGUGGUUUACACAAAAGUUUUUCUUUUGGUAGCGAUAGCUAUCCAGAGUAUCCUCUUGAUCAAAGUCAAAUGGACAUGGAUGGAAACAAUAGUUCAUCAUCAUCAAAACCUUAUGAGCGAAGAAAUAAAAAAAGAAGGCCACCAGGCUAUUAUGAAAAACUUCAAGAGGAUAUUGAAAAAGAGAGAAUUAGAAAGCUGGAAUCUAAUAUGCAUUCCGAAAAUAUAACUCGUAAUGCAGUUAACUAUGAAGAAACUUCAUAUACUAGUCAAAGUGAUAGAGACACUGUACAAACACAAUAUAUACAGAAAAAUCACACAGAUUAUGCUCAAAAUUAUGCAAGUGCUCCACCUGUUCAGAACAAUUUCCAAACAAACAUUUCUCAAGGUGUGGAACUAGUGACUGAUGACAUUUCUCGUGUAACUCUGUCUAAGGAUGAUAGUCUUGCACAUUCACACAUGGUUCACACAACACACGAAAAUGUUUCACACCCAUCAAUGUUUCACACCUCACAGACACCCAUAUAUCCUUCACAAACAUCUUGUCCGCCCCCUCAAACAUCUGUUUAUACACCCCAACCGUGGUUACCAGAUUCUUCAAACAACACACAGACUGUCACUCAUAAUACUAACCCCGCCUCAUCAGAACACAUAGACUUGUCUUUUACAUCAGUCAAUAAGCCACCCAAAAGCAGCAUUUCUUCAGGAUAUGAAGAUACAUCACAGGAAAUCGUUGCACAUGAUAUUGUUGAUUCAAGUGUUAAUCAAACGAAUAUUUCUGAAGAUAUUGAAACGGAAAGUGAAAAUUUAGUGGACUUUGCCAGUUAUCCCCCUUUGCAACCAGCAUCAAACAAUAUUCCAAUAGGUGCUCCAGGAAAUAAACAAGAAAGUGGUGAAAAAAGUUCCGAAAUAUUAAAUGUGGAGGAAAAUUCUCCGGCAAAACAAGAGAAUUCCUCAGGAGAACAGUCAGCCUCAGUUUGGGGAGCAAAACCCAAAUCAUGGGCGAACUUAUUUAAAGGGGAUUCCCCUUCAACAGCAGCAUCUGUGAUAUACAAUGAAAACUAUGUAGAUGUUAAUUAUCCAUCACUUGACCAGGAAAAGAAUCCCAAAGAAAAACAAGUAGUAAAUAUGUCUCCUGUUCCUGCCAUUCAUGAUUCAGCAGCAGACAUACUUGGAGAUUUCUUCUGCCAGAAUAAAAUAAUGCACACUCAAGUUGGUCUCCAGCCACGAGGAUUGAUGAAUAGAGGCAAUUGGUGCUAUAUUAAUGCUACUUUGCAGGCCUUAAUAUCUUGCCCACCAUUCUACAAUCUAAUGAAGAAAAUCCCUACCUUCCCACCCAUUAGGAGAGGACCUACUUCCACCCCUAUCUUGGAUAGCAUGAUCCAGUUUGUUGGAGAGUUUACACCUUGUGCAAGAGCAACAACAGAUAAAUACAAGGGUAAAAAGCAACCACCAGAACUGCCACCAGGACAAAUGUUUGAACCCACUAAUGUAUACAAGAUGCUACAAGUGUUACAAGAUACAGCUACAUUUAAGUUAGGUAGACAAGAAGAUGCUGAAGAAUUCCUGAGCUGUAUACUAGAUGGGAUGCAUGAAGAAAUGGUGGCAUGUAUGAGAGUACACAAAGGGGAAACAGAGUAUGAAGCUAAUGGUGUAAUAGAUAACAGUGGUGAUGAAGAUGUUGAUCCUGAUUCAUGGGAACAGGUCGGACCUAAAAAGAAAAGUGUACUCACAAGAAAGAAUGAUUUUGAAGUGAGUCCUUUAGCAGAUAUCUUUGUUGGAUACAUUAGAUCAGCAGUAUUCAAAACUACAUCAAAAGAUUCAGCCACUGUAGAACCAUUCUUCACACUUAAAUUGGACAUUCAGUCUGAGAAAGUAUGCACUGUACGUGAGGCAUUAGAGAGGAUGGUUAGUAAGGAAUCAGUCAGUGGUUUCACAUGCUCUAAAACAAAUGCAGAGAUGGAAAUAACGAAAAAACUGACAAUAGAACAGUUACCUCCUGUUCUCAUCUUACAUUUGAAAUGUUUUGUUUAUGACAAAGAUGGUGGAAGUCAGAAACUCCUAAAAGAUGUUAACUUUACUAUUGAUCUGGAAAUCACAAAAGAUUUGCUUUCUCCUAGUGUAAAAAACAAGUACCCUAACUAUUACAGACAAUAUAAAUUAUUUGCAGUUGUAUAUCACCAUGGUAAGAAGGCUACUGGAGGACAUUAUACCACAGCAGUGUUCCAUCCUGCUAUCAAUAGAUGGGUGAUCUUUGAUGAUAGCAAUGUUAAAAUUGUUCCAGUAACAACAGUCUUACAGUUCACUGCCCCUCGUGUUCCAUACCUCUUAUACUACAGACGACUUGAUUCACACUAAAAUUACCUCCAUCAUAGAAAACAGACUAAUGUUAUCUUCAAUAUAAGAGUGUUUGUCUGCAUUUAUAGACCUUCAAUUUUGUGAAGUUACGAAGAUAUAUUUUUCUUUAAUGAAGAAUUUGUCAUCAAAUUAUGCAGUCAUUACAAUUUUAGCCUAUGGCUAUAAUAAUAUACAUAAGUCAAUUUAAAAUGAAAAUAUGUAAAAUUUUGAUCACAAAUUUGUGUAGUUGUAUAGAAUUGACUUAAAAAUGUUGAUGCGUGUUAAAGUCUUUGUUGAGUUAUUUAAUUGUUGCUGUUUGUAUUGUAUAUAUGAUAUAUAUAUAGUGUUGAUUAUAUUUUUGUAUGAUUAUUGUGUUAAAAAAGAUCUUCAUUAUUUUUUGUAAGCAUUUAAUUUCCUUCCUUAAAAAGGUUGUACAGAAAAAUAGUUUUAUUUUACACUUCAUGUAAUUCUUGAAAAUAAUCCUGUUUUUCAAAUGCACAUACUGAUAAAAUAUUUAUUGAAAUGAAUUGGUUAAAUUUAGUUUGAGGAAAUGCCAAAUUAGAGUUUUAACCCAAUUUCAUGGUCCACUGAACAUAGAAGAUUAUAGUACGAAUGGGGCAUUCGUGUACUAUGGACACAUUCUUAUUUUUAUUGUUCAGUGAUUAAGAAGCGUGAUAUAUUUGAAAGAUUUAUUGAAAUGAUAUUAUAAACAAUGAACAUGCACAACUAUAUUAAGGUGGGAAAAGGUUGAUUACUCAAAAAAAAUCAUAUUUGUCCCUAGAUUAUUAUUUUUUACUGGUUCUGAAAGCUUGUAUUGGUCAAGCAGAUAAGAUGAAAUACCCUUUUGACAUCUUAGAGCUUUUUUCUUGGUUAUUCACUAAGUAGUAAUUAGGAUACUGUAAGAAUCACAUAUUUGUGUGUUAUUGUUUUGAUUUUGCUAUUUGAAAUGUAUAAUAGUUUGUGGUUUGCAUGUGAUAGUCCUACAGAUGCAUUUUCACAUUUUGAGAUGGUGUUUAGUUGUUUAUUGUUGACUGAUUCUUUGAAUUGUGUACUUCCACGUAAUUAUCUAUUAAAUCAUAUAUGUUUUAGUUCCACAUUUUAGAAAGAAAUUAGCAAAUUUCAAGUAGAUAGUAGUCUGUCCAUUAAAAGGGAUGACAGUUCAAUGGAAUCCAUUUUGAUCAGCAGAUGAAGAUAGGAGUUUAAAUUUUGCUUAUUGUAGUUAAUUUAUUUCUUUUUCUCCUUAUCUCUUUAAUUUAUGUUUUGUACAUUAAGUGCUAUUUAUGUGUGUUAUGGAGAAUUUCCACUGUUUUAUUAUUUAUGAUCUUAGCUAUAUGAACUUUAAAGAAAGCAAAUUCUUUAGACUUUUUUAAAUAUUUCUUGAAAUUAUUUUUUGUUAGUUUAUUAAUUUCAAUAAAAAAUAUGCUUGCUUUGCAUAGAAACAUGCUAGCUAUUGGUACAUGUGCUUUCCUGAAAGGACUAGACUUUGUUUGAAUCAUGAAUGUAUAUUAAAUGCAUAAAAUGAAUGAUGAAUGAAGUCAAACAUUUUUGUAAGAUAAUCAUUUCAUAAUCCACCACAUUGUCAACUAAAGUGCUAUGAGUAUCCAAGUAUGAAGUAGCUUCACAACUUCUGAAACCAUUGAAAACCGUAUGAAAUAUGGGUUCAAUAUGCCAAAUUGAUUAAAUUUAAAAAAAAACUUCAUUUAAAAAAAUAAAUGGAUAACAUGAUCCUAUGUGUAAUUUCUGUAGUUAAAUGAUUUAGUUUAAACCAUAUUUACUGGCUUGAACAGCUGAACAGUAAAUGCAUAUUAGAACUUAAGAUAAAUUCACUUUACAGUGACAUCAAAGUUGUUUAUAUUCACAGUAUAUUUCAAUAUCAUUCUAUUUGAUAUGACAAAAAGGUUACAUGUUACAAUGAAUGUGCAGUUUGAACGUGUUUUAUGUAUCUGAGCUAAUUUGUCUAUCGAACUAUGGCCUACAUUUGUUAUUUACGAAAUAUGGAUUUACCUUUACUUGUUUCGUAAUGAAAAACAGGGAAAAUAAACAUUUGUAAAUAUUCCAUUUUCAAAAUAAAUCUAGGGUUUUAUAAUUGCAAUAAGCAGAUGAUGUUUUGAAUUUUGUUCUGUAUUAUAUGUUACAGGAUGUUGUGAGAAUGUCUGUGGAAGCAGAGCUUGUUAUGGUUUGUCUUGGUCUUUAUAAUUCUAUUCUGGUCCAAUACAGGAACCAUAACUCUGCUCUAUUACUGUACUUUACAUACAAAUUCUGUGUUUUAGUCAUAUUUUUGUGUGAAAAUGAAUUCAGUCCUUUAGGGAUAUAAAUAGUUUUACUGGAUCAGGACUUAAACAAUGUUUUAUUCAAAUUAAAGUUUCUUUAUUAUGAUGGGUAAAAUAAAAUGAAAUAUAUGUACAAAUUUUGAACGAAUUUUUACCAAAAGAUAAUUAUUUUUUAGAAAAAUUUGUUUCAUGUUUACAAAUCACAUAAAAUUUAGUAACUUUGUGAGUAUUGGACAAUUCAAGCAAUUGUAUUUCCAAGAUAAAAAAUAGCCUUCUGUCAAUUACAUAAAUUGUUUCAUCUGUAAUGGUAUAAGAAACAGAUAAGAAUUAUGAAGCUGGACAGUACCAGUGUGAUGUGCAUAUAUCUUAUAAUUAUUAAUAAUAAAAUGCAUUGAAUUCA